AUGGCGCUGCAAAGACAUCAGCUCGGUCGGGACGAACUGUGCUGUUUUAUCUGCAAGAAUCUGAUGAAGGAUCCGGUGACUCUUCCCUGUGGACACCGCUACUGUUUGAGCUGUACUAUUAGACGUUGGGAUAGAGAGAAGCAGACUAAAAAAUACAGCUGUCCUCGGUGCAUUAAGACCUUUGAACCAAGGCCUAGCCUGGUAAAAAACUUAAUGUCAGCAGAUUUAGUGGAGGAAGAUAAGGAGAAGAAGACAGAACCCCAAGCUGGUCCAUCUUAUGACUUUGAUGCUGGACCUAGACAUGUGGUAUGUGACAUCUGCAGUCCUCCAGGGAGAAAGAGGAAAGCUCUAAAGUCCUGUCUGCAGUGUCGGGUCUCUUUCUGUAAGCAGCACCUCCAGCCUCACUAUGAAGUUCCAUUCAAGAAACACAAGCUAAUUGAAGCUUCGAAACUUCAGGAGAACAUCUGCUCUCAACAUGAUAAGGUCAUGGAAAUCUUCUGCCUCACGGAUCAGCAGAGCAUCUGUUUUCUCUGCUCCAUUGGUGAACAUAAAGGCCACAACACGACAGAAAUGAGUGAGGAGCAGAAAGAGCUCGGAGCGAGUCAGCAAAAUAUCCAGAAGAGAAUCCAAAAUAAAAAGAAAGAUGUGGAGCUGCUUCAGCAGGAGGUGGAGAAAAUCAAUAUCUCUGCCGGUAAAGCUGUCAGGGAAAGCGAGUCAACUUGUACUGAAUUAGUCAAACUCAUUGAGAAAAGAAGCUCUGAUGUGAAGCAGAAGAUUAAAACCCGGCAGAAAUUUGAAGUGAGUCGGGUCAAAGAGAUUCAGGAGAUGCUGCAUAAGGAGAUCAGUGAUAUGAGGAGGAAAGACACUGAGCUGGAGAAACUCUCACAAACAGAUGAUCAGAUCAAGUUUCUACAUUCCAAACCAUUGAGAUUAAAUACAGGUCCUGUACAAUACUUUGAGGAUGUGACUGUAGCUGUGUCAGAGGCCAGAGGUAAAGUACUGGAGAGCUUUAAUAAGGAAUGGAUGAAGAUCUCAGAGACAGUGACUGAAGUGGAUGUUAAACUGUUGCCAGACCCAAAGACCAAAGCUGACUUUUCCCAAUAUGCAGCCCCCAAAAAUCUUCUCAAACUGGAUCCAAACACAGCGAAUAUACAGAUACAAUUAUCUGAAGAUAACAGGAAGGCAACCUCAGUGAAAGAGACACAGUCAUAUCAUCUGCACGUAGACAGAUUCAUGAAAAAGUGUCAGGUUCUGUGUGGAAAACGUCUGACUAAUCGUUGUUACUGGGAAGUGGAGUGGAGUGGUUUAGGAGUUCUAGUAGCAGUCGCAUACAGAGAUGUUCCCAGAACAGGACAGAAAACUCAAUUUGGGGACAAUGACAAGUCUUGGGCACUAGAGUUUGGAAAAACGAUUUGUAAUUUCAAACACAACCGUGAAAAAAAGGCCAUUCCUGUUCCUGUCCCUCAAUCCUCAAGGAUUGGUGUUUUCUUGGAUCAGAAGGCAGGAGUUCUCUCCUUCCACAGCGUCUCUGAAACCAUCACCCUCCUCCACAGAGUGCAGACCACAUUCACUCAGCCGCUCUAUGCUGGACUCUGUGUCGAUUGUAAUGGAGCUUCUGCUACACUUUGCGACAUCUAGGUCAAACAACUGUCAAGUGAGGUCAGUGAAAACUAAAUGGACAUUAUUUUGUGAGAUCUGCUGAGAUGUGUGAUCUCACAGAGUUGUUCAUAUUAUUGUCUCCCAGAAAACAAUGAGCAGAA